AUGGAAGAGCUUAAGCGUUUGAAAGCACAGCUUAUGCAAGUUCAGCAAAAGCAAUCCGCAAACAGACUUACAGACAGAAACAUUGUAGAAAUCGUUAACAAACUAGUAGGAAACUACUCGCUUGAACUUGUAUUUACAUUAUCAGGAAAAGAGUAUUUGACACCGAAAAGGCUAGAACAAGAAAUUGAGCAAGAAGUGAAAAAGCAUGGAAGAAUAAAUCUCAUUGAUAUGCCUGGAAUCCUUAACGUCGGAGUCGAACAAAUUGAAAAGCACGCAAUCAUAGUGGCUGAUAAGACAAGUGAUGUUGAAUUUAUCUUAUCUUAUCUUAAUUAUUUAUAACGUUUUACGUCCACUGCGGGUUAGCCGUUUCCAGAGCUGCCACCAUAUUUAUCCACGUGUCGGGCCCAUGGACCUCUGGAUCGACCCACUUCGAUUCGCCAAGGCACCGGUAAGUACGGCGUUCCGGCUUCGACGGGCUUCUCUGCCGCCACGGCUUUAUUCUGACUCAGCUCCUGCGCGUGUUCCGCUUAAGGGUCCACCUCCUUCGGUGUGCUGAGGGGCAAAGACCUGAGCCUCUUGAUCGUACUGAGGAGCAGUUCCUUUGGUUAUCCCCAAAGUUAAACCGCUGUUGCUGUGCAGAAGUUCUCUAGGUAAUACCCAACCCCAUAAAUAAAAUUGCUUGAGAGAGAGAAAAUUAGCGGAGCUAAUUUCACUUGAAGCGAAAGCCAUUUAUUUAUGAUGUUGAAUUUAUCAAUGGACAAUUGAUAGCAAAUAACUAUUUAGAUAUGAUUGCUCAAGAAAUAAAUGAAACUUUAGAAGAGACUGGACAGCUGCCUUUAAGUGAUUUGACUUAUAAAUACUCUUUGCCUAUGCAAUAUCUAAAAGACAGAAUUGAAGCAAGGAUCGGAACAAUUAUAUAUGGCCACUUCAAGCAGAACAAUGUAUUAUUCACAGAUGUUUAUGUGCAGAGGCAUUUAGCAAAAUUAAGGGGGUUUCUAAGAGGCUGUGAAAAGCCAACAGAACUUAAAAAUUUUGAUCAAAGUUUGGUGCCUAAUCAAGUUAAGGACCUAAUAAGUAACAAAGAGAUUGCAGGAAGCUACCAAAAUGGGACUUUUACACCUUCUGUCUAUUUGGAUAACAUUAAAAAAGAAAUCGAAGAUUUUUUUGCUUUAAAUUCAUACUUGCCUUAUGAUUUCGUGAAAAAAAUAAUGAAUAUUACUUCUACUCCUGCCUUAAAAAACUGAAUAAAUAAAGAAAUUGGAGGCGGAAUUCACCUAGAAAACAGCUAUGCCAAGUCAGAGUUUAUUGAAAAACUAAGAGGUGAAGUCAAAGAGGCACUUGAACAGCACUCUCUUAUAAAUGUAAAUACUGAUCUUAAUUUACCCACAUGCAUUGAGCAGGAAGAUUUAGAGAGUUUGGUUGAAGAAGGAAACACAGUUGCAGGCUAUUAUAUUUGCAAUGAAAACUGCAUAAAAAAAGCACUUGACUUAUUCAAAAACAAAAUAAGCUUAACUGCAGAAGAGACAAAAUCUAACGCAAAAGGGAAAAAGUCAGGGACACCUACAAUACCAAAGCAAGAGAUUCUCAACACUUUAGCCAAAGCAAGAUUUCAGAAUGCAGAUGAAGAGUUCUUGGAAUCCUUGUCAGAAAUUCUUUAUCCCAAAAUAAGCAGACUGAUUGUUGAACAAUUUGAGCAAAGAAGCCAAACUGCAGAUCUUGACAGUCCUUCAAUUGUCCAAGAAAUUAACUAUCUUAUGGUUUGCUGCAAAUCACUUGGAGGUUUGAGUAAGAAGUAUACAAAUUUAAAGCCACUAAAAGCGCAUCUGACUAAAACUAUUGUGAAUAAAGUUUUCAACCAGCUUUUAGAAAUUCAGCUCAAAAACCAAGGAUUUGGAUCUAUUUCUGUAAAUUCAAAUAACAGACAAGCUAUGAUUGAGAGACUCCCUGAAUAUUUAAGGGAAAUUUUAAAUAAGCUUGUGGCAAAGAUGUCAUCAAAGGAUCCAGAAGGCUUUAUAGCCGAGCUGCUUGAUAACAUCAAAGAUAUACCUGUAGUGAGCGUUAAGCAAGUUGAUAAAAAAACAGAAAGAUUGAUAACACAUAAGAUAAAGCAGGAUUUGAAGAGUAGGCUUGAUGAAUGCUUGAAUGAAAAUAAGUAUGGGGAAAUCGUGUAUUUUGCAAUGAAACUUAAAAUUGCAAACUUUUUUGCAAUUGAUGUCCCGUUUGAAGAUUGGGCACUUACUCCUCUUUUAAAUUGGAACAAAAAUAUUAUAAAAUUUCUAUUUUUGGAAAUUUAAACCUCCUUAAAAUAAAACAAAUUUUUCAAUGGAAAAUUUUAUAGGUGAAAUCAUAAUUUUUAAAAGAACUUUCACCUAAUCUAAUGAAAUGAGCGCAAUUAUAAUGCUAUUUUAACAGUUUGCACAAUAAUAUGAUUAAUUUUUAAAUGAAUAUUUCACAACAAUAAAUCUUUAAAACUAUUGCAUUUUAUAUAUUUUAAAAAUUUUUUUUAUUAUGAAAUUAAAUUUAAUAUUUUUUUUCUAAAAUAAAAUAACACUUUAAAUUGGAGCGGAAUUAUUGCCCAAUUUUUAAAGGGAGGAGUUAGGAUUUUGACUGAAAUUUAUGAAGUAACUAUAGGGAAUGAUGAAGCUGUUCAGUGCUUCAGGUUUAUUAUCGAUAACUUCAAAAAUGAAGACCCAGAAAUGCACGAAAGGAUCGAAAAUAUGCUGAGAGACAUACGAAGCCAAUUGUCAGGCUAA